UUAAAAAUUAUUGACAACACUAUAUCAUGAAAUUCUUUUGAAUUCAGAUCGAUAAUUUGAUGAUGAAGCGAAAUACUAUUUAUUUGAUUUAAGACAGAUGAUCUCGAAUUUAUUGAACGAAACACCAUCACAAUAAAAUCUGUCUUUUACUAUGAAUGUUUUGUAAAUAACCACACACGUGCUGUGAAAGAUCUACCAUGUGUUUUCUGUUUAUGGUAUUUAUAGGAAACUAAGUUGUAAUAAAGGAAAAAUGCCAAGUGAAGAACCACCAUUCAAAAAGAAGAAGCUGAAUAGUCAACACAGCCAUAGUCAUGCAUCACAAAAUGGAUUUGUUAAUAAUUAUAAACUGCAACAAGAAAGAAGAAGGCUUCCAAUUUUCCCUGCCAAACACAAACUUACACAACAAAUCAGAAGUCUGGACACUGCCAUUAUUAUAGGAGAAACAGGAAGUGGAAAAACUACCCAGAUUCCCCAGUUUUUGCAUGAAGCAGGAGUCCAUAGAGGAUCAAUUAUAGCAGUGACUCAGCCAAGAAGAGUAGCUGCUAUAACUGUAUCCCAAAGAGUUGCUCAGGAAUCUGGUACCCUACUUGGGCAUUUGGUGGGGUACUCAGUAAGAUUUGAAGAUGUCACAUCAGAAUCAACCAAAAUAAAAUACAUGACGGAUGGUAUGUUACUCAGGGAAUCAACAUUAGAUCCACUUAUGAAGAGGUAUUCAAUAAUUGUACUAGAUGAAGCUCAUGAAAGAACAAUUCACACAGAUGUCUUAUUUGGAGUUGUUAAAAAGGCACAAAGAGAUAGAAAAAAGAAAGGACUGAAGCCAUUAAAGAUAAUAGUUAUGUCUGCUACAAUGGAUGUUGAUCAUUUCUCUAAUUACUUCAACAAAGCACCUGUUUUAUACCUGGAAGGUAGACAGUAUCCAGUACAGGUAUUUUACUCCACCACAACUCAGUCAGACUAUGUUAUGGCAGCUGUUGUAACGCUAUUCCAGUUACAUAGAGAUCAUCCACCUAACCAAGAUGUCCUAAUAUUUAUGACUGGACAAGAAGAGAUUGAGUCAACUGUCCGGUGUAUACGAGAUAUAUCUAAAGACAUGGUAGGAGAAGGGCCUCCAUUAGUUGUCUGCCCUUUGUAUGCUGCACUACCGUCUCAUCUACAGUUAAAAGUUUUCAAUAAAACAGCAGAGGGAUCCAGAAAAGUGAUAGUAGCCACUAAUAUAGCGGAGACAUCUGUGACCAUACAUGGCAUCAAAUUUGUGAUAGACACAGGAGUUGUCAAAGCAAAAUUGUACAACCCUAACAGUGGCCUUGACCUGUUAAAGGUUGUGAGAAUAUCAAAAGCUCAGGCUUUACAGAGGACAGGAAGAGCUGGGCGAGAAAGUUCUGGAACUUGUUAUAGAAUUUAUACAGAAGAAGAAUUUGACAGUUUUAAGAAAAAUACUGUACCAGAAAUCCUCAGGUGUAAUUUGUCCAGUGUUGUACUACAGUUACUUGCCCUUGGUAUCUCAGACAUUGUUAACUUUGAUUUUAUGGACAAACCAUCGAUAGAGUCAUUGAUAGGUGCAGUUCAUCAGUUGCACAGUUUAGGGGCAGUAACUAAAGAAGACUGCAUUAAGUUGACUCCACUGGGUAAACAGAUGGUAUCAUUUCCAUUAGAUCCCAGACUUUCUAAGACUGUACUCAUAGCUAAGGAUAACCACUGCUUAGAAGAGAUAUUGAGUAUUGUGAGCAUGCUGUCAGUAGAUUCUGUAAUGUUUACACCACAAAGUAAAAGAGAAGAAGCCUUAGAGACCAGGAAGAAGUUUAUCUCCAGUGAUGGUGAUCACGUGACAUACCUCAAUAUUUAUAGAGCUUUCAAGAGUGUUAGAGGAAACAAGGAGUGGUGUCAUGAGAACUUUAUAAACUUAAGAAAUAUGAGACUUGCCUUGGAAGUGAGGAAACAGUUACGAGGGAUCUGUGUUAAGUUAGAGCUACCAAUAGAAUCAUGCGGACAGGAUUUCAGUGUUCUCAGAAAAUGUCUGGCUUUUGGUUUCUUCAUGAAUGCCGCUGAACUACAGAAAGAAGGAGAUUUUAUUUCUCUGUCCAGCAGGAAACCAGUAUCUAUUCAUCCCUCAUCAUCAUUGUUUAUGUGUAAACCUGCCUAUGUAAUAUAUAAUGAACUCAUACAGACCACCAAAUGUUACAUGAGGGACUUAAGUGUUGUAGAUCCAGAAUGGUUAUAUGAAGCAGCUCCACAUUAUUUCAGGAAAAAGAAACCUAAACCAGGAUGAUUUCCUUCACAGAGUAUCUUCAGACUAGUGCAAUAAGACAAUGUCUUCAUUAUGUCAGAACCAAAAUGAAUGAAAUCUUGUAUAAAUGGGACAUUCUUACAGUGGGUAUAUGUUUGAAAGGAAAUUGAAGAUAUUAAGAGGGUAUAUGUUUGAACGGAAAUUGAAGAUAUACAUAUAAAGAAUGAAAGAUUGAUUUGAAAGUUUACAGUGGCAUACAGUUAUUGAACCUAUAGAGAUCUAGUCAUAUUACAACUAAAUGUAUUGGUUAUUUUAUUGAUUAGUGUGAUAUUAUUAGAUACAGUACUUUUGAGAUCAGGAGGUGAAAGGUGGAAGUUUGAUAUUUUUAGCUUGGAUUCAACAAUACAUAUUUUGAAAGUGCCUUGUAAACCAUGUGAUGUUAUGUCUUUGUCAUUGGUUGUUAAUAUGUUUUUGUUUAAGUUUGUUUUACUUCCUUAUAUGAAUAAAAGUUGAAAAUGA